GCAAUAAUUAUGGACUCGAGGGUCUGCGAGUUGGAUAUGAUAUGAAAACUGAAUGACCAUUGAUAUGAACAUGAACAAGCACAUCUGAAAUUGGAGGACUUUCAGUUGUCCUAUCUUUUGCGUUUAUCAUUUACCUUUCUUUGCACUGCAGCUAUAUCAUGCAAGUUGCCUCAUCUGUUUUUUAUUUUUUAUUUUUGGUCGUUUUCAGGCGUCAGGUUUUCAAUUUUUAUUUGUUGACAUUUGAGAUUUAUGUUCGUCUUCCAUUUGCUUUUAUCAUUGGCGUUUUUCCCCUGGUUCAACUUCCUACUGCCAUAUACCAUCAAUAUCUUCUUGUUUCAUUUUUUUUUUUUCCCCUGGUCUUUAAAAUUGCAAUUGGACCGAGUACUACACAUCUUUAUAAUUUUCUCUUCGAGCUGCAUAGGCGCCUUAGCGCCUUUUGGGAUGUUUUCGGAAGGAGGAUUGCAUGGAGAGUCUUAUAUUUUGUAUAUUGAGUAAUGGGAACUGUAUUUUCGAAUUCAACGAAAUGGAUAUCUCAAC